AUGAAGUGGUCUGAAAGUGACACUAUAGCACUGGUGGAAUUGUAUGAAAAGCAUGAGUGUAUAUGGAAUAUUGGUUCUAAAGAUUAUAGAAAUAAAUUAAUGAGAGACGCUGCCUACGAAGUUAUCGUCAAGACACUUAAAAAAGAUAAUUUUGGCGUGACUGAAUUAAAACAAAAAAUAAAAAACUUAAGGUGUACUUACAACCAAGAACUAUUAAAAAUAAAAAAAUCACAGAAGUCUGGUAGUGGUGUUGAUGAUCUAUAUGUUCCAAAUAUAAAAUGGUUCAAAUUGAUGGAUUCAUUCAUGAAAAAUGUCAAGUCUGUGAAAAUUGGUUAUACACAGGACAAUGCAGAAAGUGGAGGUAAGUAA